CUCCGAUUACUCCAAAUUUUCACCAGUGGACCGCCUAUUGCGGAUGUUCAGUACAACGAACGAUGAGAAGAAAAUAAAUAUGGAGUUAUCGUGGCGCCUUUAUCCCCGACAGAUGUCGGCCCUGACGACAAAUCGCGGACGAUCGAAGCGAUCACGAAUCAUCGCGUCGUUCGAAGGAAUUCCUCUUUUUUUUUUAUUUUUUUUACGCGGGAGGGGAAUGACAUGGCAUUUAUUUCUCGAAAGUACGCGCGGCGGUAAGUCGCGCGACGCCGACCGGCCGACCGGCCGACAGCCGACGACCGAGACGGCGCGCGGGUUGACGCACGUAGUGCCGAGUGCGUCGUAUCACGCUGACCACGCACGCGAACGUCGCGUCGACUCACGCGGUCUAUUUACACCGCGGCGCGACGUGAUUGGCCCGGAGAGACGGCUGGAGACGGCUGGCGCAGCUGACACAUGCGCGUGCCGACGUGCGUCAAAACAAAGCACGGCAGCGCUGCCCUCCCGGCAGCAUUUUAUCGCGAUUGUCCAUAGCGGCAGGUUGCAUUGUAGCGUUGCUCGAGUCGAGUCGUGAGCGUCC